AUGGCAUUCGAUGGCCACAAACCCCUCCAGGGAGGCUCCCAGCGGCGGUCCAGCAGUCCCAUUAGCUUUUUCUCGCCAUCUACAGCCAGAGUGUCCGAUAAAGAUCUCGAAGACGCCCCGACGCGGCCCAUGAGUGUGAAUCCGCUUACAUACCCUCCCACUAAUCACGACCAGACGAAUCCCCCUGGAACCCCUCUGACACUCUCCACUUCCGUCGUUACUGCACCAGUUCCGAUGGCCUCGACGACGCCCGCACUCUCGUCGGGGAUCGCCUCGCCCUAUGUGCCCCCGAUGAACCAAAUCUCAAUGCCCUACAUCAAGCGACACGCCGUCAAACGCGUUAAGAGCGCAAAAGAUGCCUGCAAUACAGAGCUUCAAAAGGUCAUCCACUCGAUUACAAACUAUUUCGAGGAACGGCUUGGCGAGAAAGAGCGCGAAGAGGCAGAGGAACAGUAUGCCAAGGCUCAGCUCCAGCAGCAGUACAUGCGCGAACAGCACAUUCACAGUCGCGAUGCCAUGUCCGAGGAUGGCUCCCAGGCCUCGCAUCUUCAAGUGGGCAGCCCAGGAAAUGUAGCCCCUGCCGAACUUGCAGCGGCCAUUCAGCAGAUUCACAACUCGAAAUAUGAUGCCCACAGUGAGGGUAUGACCGACGCAGAUGAUCGUCCUUUGACGAGGGCAAGCAGUCGGCGAACGGCCAACAGCUCCAGUCGGCCUCAUAGUCGCCAGCCCUCCUUCUCGACACCAGCAGGUCUUCGACGUUCUGGCUCGCUGCAUAAACAGGUUCCUCACUCCGCACCAAUCACCGUCCCAGGCAACAGCACGCAGUCUGGCAGCGGCGAUCAAAGUCCUAGCCUUCGCGCCUCGUCCUUGAUCUAUCAGCCAACACCAACGAAUUGGAGCGCGCAACCGGGCAACCCGCCGGCAACGGCUCCUUUACCGGCGUCCUCUCAGCAACAGCAGAAGCGGCUAUCCAGGCACAUGCACGUGCCCACACAUACUUCUGGCCACUCACAAGUGCAUCCACAGGGUCCACAAUCCGAGAUCUCGUCUCGGUCAACCUCUCGAUCGCGCUCGCCUAUGCCCUUUACGCAGAGCUCGACUGAACAUGCCACGCCAAACUCGUCAUCGCCAAAAACGACGAAUAAACGUCUCUCACGACAUAUGGACAGCAGUACCAACCUGGAGCCACCCGUCGAUCCGUUUGUGUCAACCUUGCACGACCUGAUUGCCGUCUGUACGGAUAUUCUCGAAAUGUCCCCAAACGCCCUCACAUCUAAGCCUGGCAUGGGUGCCGAUUUGGUCAGAAAGGUUCAAGAAGUCGGGCGUGCAUGGGACGCUCAUCCAGAUUGGUACGGACGGACCUGGUACAUUACCGUCCUUCUCGCAGUCGCAACCCUCGCUCGUGUCGUCGAAUGGUUUGAAGCCGAGCGCCAGUUUUGGAACUUCGAAGACAAUGACGAAGAGGGCGAGAUUGAGCCGCUGACGUUUGUGCUCAAACCAGAGUCUGAAGUGGGGUCGAGAAGCGGGUACGAGAGUCGAGAGCGGGAUGAAAGUAUGCCGAGAACGCCCUUGGCACCGUCCAGCGUUCUGGAUGAAAACCCGCUGCGGCUGUCGCGCGAGUCGAGUCUUGGACAAGUGCAUGAAGCGCGACGAUCACGGGAUGAACGCGUGCCGCAAAAGGACCUGCGUGGUAGCAUGCUCAUAGGGGACCAAGGCUUACCAGCUCCAUCGUCAGCGAUGACUGAGCGUGCGGCUCAGCAGCCCUCACCAGCACCUGUUACGCAACCUGCCCAGCCUCUUGUUCACGGCGGUCAGCAAGCUGGAACCGCCGAGGGACAGGGUACGAACGACGGAAGCCUCGCCACGAGCGAAUCCAUGCGGGUAGAGGCUAGCGAGCACCUUCGGCAGAAGGCUGAUAAAGCAAAGACGUCAAAUAUCCUUAUGGAACUGAAUUUAGACGGCGAACACUUUUUAUACAUUAAUCGCAAUUGGUUUGAUGUCAUUGGCUCGGAUCCGGAUACGCUUGUCAAUACUGGGAUGGGCAUUUCUCCUCUUCUUCAUCCUGACGAUCGCAACAAGUUUAGAGAAGCGAGCGAGAAGCUGCAGACGGAUGACUCGCAUACAGUAGAGAUUGUCUUCCGCAUCCAGGUAGAGGAUCCGGACGCGUCUCCAGACGGCCAGUUUCAUGCACCCGUCUAUCGCAAUAUGGAGGGAUCUGGCAUGCUCAUGCUCGACCGCGUCGACCAUGUCCCGUCUCACACGAUGUGGGUCAUCAAGCCCGCACCAGAACCUACACCCACCGAAGAGAAGCAAGAGGUGUUGGCACCAGAACCAUCACCCGGCUUUGCUCGGAUACCGACGACUCCAUUCCGCUUUCCCAUGUCGCGUACCUCGACCGAAGGCAUCAAUCAGCUCGCGAUCCCCGUCAUCAAAUCGCUCUCCGCCACGCCCAUUCUCUGCCGCAUCUGCGAGAACCAGAUCCCGAGUUGGUUCUUUGAGAAGCACAAUGAGACGUGUAACGAGGUGCAUAGAUUUGAAGCCGACAUUGCAGAGUGCAACGAAGGGAUUUCCGAGCUUCGUAAUACUGUUCGAGAGCUUAUCACCGGUAUUGAAAAGCUUGGGGUGAAUGUGGAAAAGACGAUGCCGGAGCGACCAACGCUCGAGUACCGUGGCAUGUCCAUUUUCACUCCCACGAGUACUGGAACGACCAAUUCGCCCAUUCAAGCCUUUAGACCGCCACUUGCGUCGAGGAUGCAGCGCGUCGGUGUCCGCAAAGCCCAGCAACGUCUCCUCGAACAAAUUGAGGAAAUUCUAACGACUGCAUUGGAAAUAUCGGUUCCCAGUCUCAAGGAGGAAGAGGCCAAGGAACCGAUAGAACGACAGCGAUUAUUGUCCCCCGACUCGGAAGAUCGCAUUGGAAAGUGUAGUACGUGGAUCAAGCCGGCUCCGGAAGACCCAGCGCUCUCUCGCCUCGUUCAAGAUUCUGAUCUCAUCAUCAAGCAGAAGUUGGACACGGUUAUGCGUAUGCAAAACACAGUGCGCUAUUCGGAAAAGAUUCGUCAAGAGUGGGCUGUCAAGUACGACGAGGCGGUCGCCUCGAUGCUGCUCGAGCAAUCGACACCAAUCGAGCCGUUGAUGGAGGAGCCUCCAGAAGACAUUCUUGAGGGUGAAGAUAGUGAUGGUGCGUCGAGCACCACGUCUGAAUACGACUUUGGACGCGAACGACCUUCGACUGACCCAACACCAGUCGCCUCUUCUCCGGCUCGCAUUCCUUCCUCGCUCCCAUUGGUACCGGUCAUGCCUGUACCUGUCCCCGCCACAUAUCAGGGUGUUGGAGCGCACAAGCACAGUCGUUCCUCCACUCCGUCUUCAGUCACUUCGCCACUGGCUAUUGCUGCACCGAUCAACGCUUCGACGCCAGAAGCCAUCGAUCGUGCGGCGCUUCUUGCGGCAGUGGAGGAUCACACGCAAACGAUACGCGCUCGUCGCAUGUCGAUCAAUUCCGUUGGAAGUCCCAGCGCCAUGCUGUUAGAACCUAAGCUCCUUGUUACACCCCCUGUCUCACCACUCCUGAGCACUACGGUGCCACCAAUCUCAACGGCUGGGCAUCAUGCUAGGAGGCAUUCGAUUGUGCAGCCCAUUCUCAGCCCGACUGUCGCCGUUGCAUCUGGGUCUCAUCAUGGUCGCCUGCCAUCGGUCGCUCCGUCUGCGGCCAAGGCGGCGCCAUCGUCCAUCCGCGACUUUGACAUUAUCAAGCCGAUCAGCAAGGGCGCGUUUGGAUCCGUCUUUUUGGCCAAGAAGAAGACGACGGGCGAUUAUUAUGCUAUCAAGGUCCUCAAAAAAGCAGACAUGAUCGCCAAGAAUCAGAUCACAAACGUCAAGGCCGAGCGAAUGAUUUUGAUGAAGCAGGCCGAAUCUCCGUUUGUCGUCAGGCUCUUCUUUACGUUCCAGAGCAAGGAUAAUCUCUAUCUCGUCAUGGAGUACUUGAAUGGAGGUGAUUGUGCUGCACUUGUCAAGGCCCUUGGGUCGCUCUCAGAGGACUGGGCGAGAGCGUACAUCGCAGAGGUUGUCCUUGGUUUGGAGUAUCUUCACAGCAAGGGCAUCGUUCACCGUGAUUUGAAGCCAGACAACUUGCUCAUCGACUCGCAAGGGCACCUCAAGCUGACCGACUUUGGGCUCAGUCGUAUCGGUCUCUUGGGCCGCCAGACGCGUGAAUCGCGUCGACUGCCAGAACGUCUACUAGGUGGCAAAGCAGGUCGCGGACGACGUAGCCCAGGCUCGCGGCCGACGUCGUUCGAUUCCGGAUAUCUCCAAUCGCCUCUCCUGUCUGCCAAGAUUGAAGACUCUGGUUCAUAUUUCAACCCACGAAUGGCUGCUGCUGCACAGAUGCAAGAGGACGUCAGCGAGUCGAGUGGUUCAGAGGGGGUUGCACAUCUCAUGUGGCGAAGAGGCAAACAGUCGCAGGCGGACAGCCCGCUACAGUCCUUUGCUUCGGAGCUGGCGACAGAGCUUAGGUCACAGCAAGGCAACAAUAACACUAGCAAUAGCACCGCGAGUGCCCUAGUGUCGUCUGGUCAUACCGGAACCACACCUCCCGCUGCACCUGAGCAAAAGUUUGUCGGUACUCCAGACUACCUGGCUCCAGAAACGAUUCUCGGAUUGUCAGAGGACGAUCGUUGUGUCGAUUGGUGGGCACUUGGUAUCAUUACGUACGAGUUUUUGUACGGCAUUCCACCCUUCCACGCAGAAACGCCGGAUAAAGUAUUUGAGAACAUUUUGUCACGACGCAUCGAUUGGCACGAAGAGUGGAUUGAAUACUCUCCAGAAGCUAGAGAUUUCAUGGAACGUCUCCUGGUAUCAGAUCCGACGAAGCGAUUGGGCAUGAAUGGAGCGCAAGAGGUCAAGGCUCACCCUUGGUUCGCCGAGAUUGAGUGGGACAAGGUCAUGCAAACCAAACCUCAAUUCGUACCAGAAGUAACAGACCCGGAAUCGACCGACUACUUCGAUGCGCGAGGCGCUAUCCCUCAACUAUUCCAGGACGACGAGGCAAUCGCGGUUGCAAAACCCGCUUCAGAUGCCACCACGACUGCCGAUGCGGCAUCAAAGACUCUAUCGGGCAAGGGACCACUACGUGACGCUGUACCGGCGCCGGCAGCAGACGAUUUUGGUACCUUCCAGUUCAAGAACCUUCCCGUCUUGAAGCAGGCAAAUGACGAAGUCAUAAAAAAGCUCAAGUCAGAGCAGGUUGCCGCCAUCACGCAGGCCUUGGGGGAUAGUGCUGCGAUGCAUCAUAGAAGACGCAGCAUCUCCAGGCGCAUCAAUAAACCUACCAAUGUCCUGACCAAUUUCGAGCCCAAGCAAGGAACUACGAAUCCCCCCUCACCGUCGACGUCUGUCUCAUCUAUUGCCUCUUCACCGUCCCGUGGCAGCAUGGGACCAUCCACGCCUGGCAGCGUCCAAGCACAUCUCCGUCGACCCUCGGAAUACACUGCUGUUGAUCGCUUCAAGGCGAAUCAACUUGAUCCAGACCGACGAAACUCUAUGCCGAGUCGAUUGAGGACGGCGUCCGUCUCCAGCUCCGACCACGAUGCAAGCUAUUCUGCUGCAGAAGCUUGGUCACAGUCUAUUGGAUCUUCGGCCACUUCGUCUAGCCCUGCUCCGGAACCAAAGCGUGCUUCAGAGACGAGUGGCGUGGACCGGGCGGUUGUAUGUCUCAUUGCAGAGGACAACCCCAUAUCGGCCAAGAUUUUGGAAACUCUUCUUGUUCGCCUAGGCUGCCGUUGCGUUAUGGCUGCUGACGGGGCAGAAGCUAUCAGUACGGCCCAUGGUGAUAUCAAAUUCGAUUUGAUCUUGAUGGAUUAUCACAUGCCCGUGGUCGACGGUGAAUCGGCAGCUCGAUACAUCAAGAGCACGAAUAAUCUGAAUAAGAGCACCCCGAUUGUCGCUGUCAGCGCCUACGUUGGGGUCGACAGCAACGUAGCCAGCAAUCUCUUUGCGGCUUGCCUUUCCAAGCCCGUGCACAAAGCAGACCUUUUGGCCGUCAUGCGUCAGUUGGGCUUCCGUACAUCUACUUCGGAGGGCCCAAAACCUCUAUCACAGGUUUCGAAAGUUGCUGCGGCCGUGUCGUAA